AUGCCACCGAAGCAAGCCAGUGGCAGCCGCAGCCGCACCCAGGCCGGUAGUAGCAGGCAAGCGGCGGAGGAGCGGAGCGACGCCAGCGCCUCGAGCGACCCGUUUGACUCAGGCGAUGAUGACUCGCCUCCCCGGCGCCGUCCCCAUGCAGACAAGAGCGCCGCCGCCGCCGCCGGAGACUCGACCGCCGACAAGUCCAUCCCCAAGGACCUGCUCACGCGCAUCCUGCACGACCUGUUUGAAAAGGACGCCACGCGGGUCUCGCGCGACGCCAACGCCGCCGUGGGCAAGUACGUCGACGUCUUUGUGCGUGAAGCGAUUGCGCGCUCGGCAGUGGAGAAGCGAUCCGGGUUUCUCGAGGUGGAGGAUCUGGAAAAGAUUGCGCCACAGCUCUUGCUGGACCUCUGA